GUGUUUUUUUUUUCAAGACUGGUGCUUGUCGGUCAACACGUGGGGAGAAGAGCUUGACUCUGUACAGGGAUAGUUAAAAAAUCUCCUAGUAUCAGUAUCGCUAUCAUCGUGGCGGCACUGAAGAACCUGAAAUACUGUGUGGCUGCUGGUUUCUGGAGGAAAUGCCGCUGAGGUUUCGCUCUGUUGUACCCUACACACUGCCCGGAGUCCUUGUGCUGAUUGGCUGGUGGUGGUACACCUCGCGAAAGAAAGAACGACUCAGCAACCAUGAUGGCUCAGAAGGGCCUUCGACUGCUGUGAGCCUUAUACCAUCUCAAGCAGAGCGCAGCAAUGGUUUGGUUGAAAAAAGCACUGUAUCUCCCCCACAUGCACCAGACAGAACCAUCCCAAGACCUUCACAGGCCAGCAACCAGACAACACAACAGGAAAUCAUUUCCCACAUCCAUGUCCAGGACAACCUAGCAGCACCUUCACUGGAACAAAGUUGUGAAGAAGCUGCCGCUCAUCAUGGAAGGAUAGGACGAGAAGAAGUCUGUAAACCCUUAGAUUUAACUCUAUUAUCACUUGAUAAAAAUAUCUCAAAGGAAUCAUUGAAAGAUCAUUCAGCCCCAGAAAGGGACUCAUCACCUGCCUUGAUAGCAGAGCUGGGAAAACACCAAGACAAAGAUUCAGCAGCUACUCCAGAAGCCUCAGUAGAGGAGGUCAUCCCAUCCUGCCAGGCUACCAAAGUCACCAGCUGCUCUUCUACAACAGCACACCUUUCAGAUGCUGAGAGACCAGAGCCAGAGGGUGAAGUUGCAAAGCAUCACAGCAUUGUUAAUACACAAAAUGAGAGUGUCUGUGCAUUUACCCCAGCCAAAGAGAAGAGGAUCAUCCAAUCAGAGGCAGACUCUGUGGAUACUCCCCCAUCAGCGGAGGAUUUACACCAACGCAUCCUAACCAGCACACCUACCACCUCCACAGCCCAGGAUUCCACAUAUGUGACCCCACAAGACGUCAACACUAAGAGGAGUGUCGAAGAGGAGCAAGAUCUGGAGCUUCUGGCAGCUGGGCUUAUAACUGAGGUCAUCUCGGCAGCCACCCAGGAAGUCCUUGGUGUCACCAGUUGCAAGGUCACAGAAAACAGCCAGUCGAGCUCGAGUAACAGUACACCACUGGCCAGCGGCAAGCUUUUCUCUCAAGAGGAUCCUGUCUCUGUAAUACAGCAACACCAUCAUCUUCAGGGCAAACCUGAGUGUACAGAGGCAGCAGAGAAAGAGGUGCAAGGAAUGCCAAAUGGUUGUCCCUUGGCUCCAGUAGGGGAAACGGUUGAGGAAAAUGUUGGGGUUCAUCAGACAAAAGAUGUACAGAAUGACCUCUGGCCAACAGCGUCGCAGCAAGCAGCUUCAGUGAUAAACAUUAAACUGAAAGGUGACGAAGCAGCAGGACUAGCCGAGGACUCCGCUUGCAGCACCUGCCACUCUGAGGACGGCAUCAGCAGUGAGGACCUACAGAGCAGCACGUUUGAACAUCAAGUGGAUGUUAUCCAGGUUACAGACUUGUCAGCAAGCGAAGCCACACAGCCUCAGUCACUGGCUGAGACCAGCACUGAGGCAUCUGAAGACAACUCAGUGGAUCCUGUGUGUGAGAUAAAGAGACUUAAUGGAAUUGGCCUCAGAAAUGGAGCCCAUGGGACGUGUGAGGUGGACACGGACCAGUCUGGAGGUUCUGAUGUGAACAGCAUGGACUCUGUGGACAGCGGCUGCACUAUGGGUGUUGGGGAGAGCCAGUGCAACAACUCUGCCUCCUCGAGCUCUGAGCUCAUUAUCUGGGAGAUUGAGGUGCCAAAGCAUCUUGUAGGACGACUGAUUGGGAAGCAGGGGAGAUACGUUAGUUUCCUGAAGCAGAACUCUGGUGCAAAGAUCUACAUUUCCACUCUGCCUUAUACACAAGAGUUCCAGAUCUGUCACAUAGAGGGUGUGCAGCAGCAGGUUGACAAAGCCCUAUCACUUAUUGGCAAGAAAUUUAAGGACCUGGACUUGACCAAUCUGUACGCACCUCCACCCCCCCCUCUCACAUUGCCGUCUCUUCCCAUGACUUCCUGGCUCCUGCUGCCUAGUGGCGUGACAGUCGAAGUGAUUGUGGUGAACAUUGUAUCGGCGGGCCACAUCUUUGUCCAGCAGCACACCCACCCCACCUACCAUGCUCUGCGAAGUCUGGACCAGCAGAUGUUCCUGUGCUACUCCCAGCCAGGAACCCCUGCCCUGCCUUCACCUGUUGAAGUUGGUGUUAUCUGUGCAGCUCCAGCAGUGGAAGGAGCCUGGUGGAGAGCUCAGGUCAUCACCUUUUAUAAAGAAACCAGUGAGGUGGAGAUUAGAUACGUUGACUACGGAGGCUACGACAGGGUUAAGAUCGACUCGCUGCGGCAAAUCAGGUCUGAUUUUGUAACGCUACCAUUUCAAGGUGCUGAAGUAUUGCUCGACAACAUUGCCCCACUUCCAGGUGAGGAUCGUUUCUCAGCAGAUGCUACGUCAGCAUUUGAGGAAAUGACCAGAGGUGUGGCUUUGCUAGCACAGGUCUCAAACUAUGAUAACAACACAGGCCUCCCGCUGGUCCACCUGUGGAACAUGGUUGGAGAUGAGGUGGUUUCAGUGAACCGUGCACUGGCAGAGAGGGGCCUGGCUGUUUGGGUGGAUGGAUUUUGAAGUCAUGUGGUUCGAGCUCCGGACACCCAUCCUGUCCUCUUCUGCUCUUGUGGUCAGCAGUCUGGGACCCAGAUCGUCCUGGGGAUCCCAAGCUCACCAGGCACACCACUUGGUCUGAGAAGAUUGUUUUUCUUGUCUGUUUUUUUUUUUUUUUUUUUUUGCCCCCAUCUUGAUUUGUUCUCAUCUUCCACCCACAUUUCUUUUGAACAGAAGUUAAACCUUGUUUUCAGGCAUAGUCUAUGGGAACACAGCACUACAUCUCAUGAGAUGAGCUUCAUUUCUUCUUGUCCUCAAAAAAGUAUGUCAAGAAGGGAAGGAAGAGGUACUUGUAAUUUUUAAAAGAAAAUCUAUAUUGUAACAAAUAAAGGUUCAUCAAAUAUUUUUUUAGCCCCCAUUCUACCUUAAUCGUUGCUCUGGGUAUUUGCACACUGACGGGAUCAUCAUGCUACAUUCAAGGACUGGCGCCUUUGUAAACCUCGGGCUGUGUUGAUCUGUAGGUCGGUCCAUUUCUGAGCAGACUGGUUGUUCUGAGGAAUGUGGAGCAGAGGAGGUGAUGAGGUGAGGCAUCCUGUGGCCUCCACAAGAACCUCUCUGGGCUCUGGUCCAGCAAAGACGGAGAAGGAAGCUGCUCGUCUUUGCUCUGCUUUUUCUCCAUCCACGGCUAUAGAAGAACCAGGAAUUAGAUCUACAACACAAAAAAUGCACUUGAACUAUUUGUUGUUUUUUUUUGUUUGUUUUUUUCUUGUUUUUUAGCUGAGAGUUGAGCAAGAAUUUCUUUCCAUCUCAAUGUCUAAGAUGCAUUUUGCUGACAGGAUUUCAGUGGAGCUGCAUACAGCUGUGGCAGCAGAUCAAUGCUAGUUUAUUAUCUUCAACUUCACCGUCUGUUUGAAACGAUUGAUCUAACUAUACACAUCAUCCUGACUGUUACAGCUCCUCCAAACGUCCACAUUUUUGUCUGCUGAAGUCCCAAAAACUCAGCUGUCUUUUUAUGAACAUUAAUCAGAUCUCGAGAACAAUAAAACAAAUGCAGUGAGCUAUGUUGAUGUUUUUAAACACUUGGUGGCGCUGUAACUGAGUCAGUGGAUUUUAAAACUGUUAAAAUACUUUAACUUGUGGUUAUAAAGGGUAAGCUGAAGGGAAGAGAAGCUGCUAAACAUCUGUUGCUUUGUUUGGAGUUACUAUGAAAUCAAGCAUCAAAGAAAUGGGUAUUUUUCUGACCAGGAAUCAGCGCUGUUUAUAUGAUGGUGUAAUAAGUGCAGGCAGUGAUGGGUCUGAACCUCUGACAGCUGCAAAGACUUCGUCUCAUCUUAAACAGACAAGGCAAAGAAACACUUAAAAACUCUUUAGUGUAAAACUGCUUCAGCUCUAAAACUACAUUCGGUUGGUGUUAGCAGUCCAUGCUAACAGAAGCAGGGGCUUAUGCUCGUCAUGAAUUUGGAGUUGACCCUGUUAAAUGUUUGACACGAGCCCCAAACAAGUAAUUUUUGGCUAAAUGUCUAUGAACAUAGUUAUGAGCCCAAUGACUACCUGAGUGUUGCUGCGAAACAGUCUUUGAGCUGGCUGGUUAGCUCCUGAGGAAUGCGGUGAAUGUAAAAGGGUGACACUACUAACUGCAAACAUCAUCAGAGCCACAAAUAUGUAAAAUGAGACCACUACCUGCUGGAGUUACGGAGGCACCAGAACAUGAUAUCCAGCAAAUAAAUGUACAUAAUAUAAACACUACUUGAACAGAUGCUAAAAUAUUUAAAAAGAUGGGCUUCAAGUGUGGAAAUAAACAUGCAUGUCAUGAAUUUUACCCUUUUCACAUCCAGUAACAUCUAAAAUCUGCCAGGUGAUGAUGUGAAAGCACAAGGGAAGCAACUGCUUUUUAAUCAUAUUUUGAAGUAGAUUUAAGAUGAUUGUAGGUUUACUUUUUAUUUCUGUUCUCAAAUAUAGUGAUGGUAUAGGUGACAUAAAAAGGGCACUCUAGAUGCUUUAAGGUGGACUGACUUGGAUCUGGUCCUCUGAAGGAGCCACAUAUAAAUAUAUUUCUCUGGUAAAGUGCUACAUUUCGUAAUUUAUAAUAUUUCAGUGUACCAAAACUGUAGCGCACUUUAAACCCAGAAAAAUUAAUCCAGAUCUGUUCAUGAGCUGCAUUUGGCAAAUUUCAAGAAAUAUGAGACUGAUGCAUGAGCCACACAAGCCCCAGACGGAAUUUCAGUUUACUGAAAAAUUAUUAAUAUGGGUAGAAAACACUUGAUUGCAAGAAUUCAAAGUGAAGGAAAAGCUAGUCACUGCUAUGUAGGAGCUAAAAUGAAGUAAUUCCUUUAGUGAAAGUACUGCAAAGCUUCAUCGUUUGGAGAGCAGCGAGUACCACACAGCGUCUACUGCAGCUUCAUGUGCAUCUGAAUGUUCCUGUGACUAGUGUGAAUUCAUUUGUCUGACCCUCCCUGUGAUUACACAAAUGAUACUGCAAUGUUCAACAUGAUCUGAGGGGCUCAAUAAACCCCAUAAAGGGCAUUCAGUUAUAAAGUACUGAUGAAAAUCACAUGAAAUCCAUGUAGUUUUUAAUUGUUUUUAAUGGAGAUGAAAUCACUGUUAUUCUAGCAAUAAGGCAGCUUUAUUUUGACUAAUGAAGGGCAGAAGGGAGUGGGGGGGCUUGAGUUGUUCUAUUUGACAGACAUAAUCACUGGGAAAGUUGGUUGUCAAACAUUGAGUACUGUACCUCAGGACUGCGUAAUAUGGUGGUCUAUAAAUGUGUCUACUGGCCUUAGGGCAGCUGUUGGAUGAAAGGGUUAAGGCUUGUGCUUGAAAAUGUAAAAGUGAGACAUAGAACCCAAAGACAUGUUUUCAGAGAGCAACCCACAAGACAUGUAUGAGAUGCUGAGGAAAGUAUCCACAUGUUGGUGCUGGAUUCGGAGCAGUAGCCAUAAAUGUCUGUCCUUGGCUUGUUUGCAUCCCUCCUUUCUGUUUCACACCCUCUUUUUGUCCCUGUUUUGUCCUCUUCAACCAGAUUAAAUAUGCGAUGUCUUCUCUGACAGCAGUCCAUCCACUACACCUUAAAAAAAAACCUAAGUAAUUUAGUUCAUUUCUCUGUAAAUAGGAUAUCUGACUGACUGUACUUUUCUAUAACACUGGAGAGAAAAAAGAUAUAAAGGGAACAUUAUUUUUGGUUUGUUCUGGUUCAUCCCAUCUCCCCUCUUUCUGUCACUCAGUGUUCUCAAGCUGAGACUGUCAAGUGUUGCGUAGCUAGAUGAGUCGUAAUUCAGUUAUUUAAAUGGGUGUAAAGCAACUGUGCCCAAAAGCAUUUAACAUGUACAGAUCCGGUUUUGCUAGGCUCAUCUUAAGUUUGAUUUGUUGAUUGUACAGAUCUAUUAGGGAAAAAUAAAAGUUAUUGAAAGUG